GCGACAUCUAUUUCAACAAAGUAGCUGAAUGACAGCUGUCAAAAAAUUAAGACAAACACAUUUGACGUUUUUGCAAAAGGCGCAAAUUUAAUUUGUAAACAAACUAUGGAAAGUAUGAAAUAUGAAUUAUGAUAAUAAUAUUAAAAAUAUAUGCAAAUUAAUAACAAAUGCGAGUGCAGAUGUCGUGCUAGAGUUUCGUUAUGAUUUUAUAAAUUUUCUAAAAAGCACUAAUCAGAUUGAGAAGUAUUUAAUACGAAAGCAUUUUAUGAACUUAGAAUGGAAUUGCGGAAGUCUACGUGUACUUGGAGUACUACAGGAGAUACAAUUGUUGUCAGCUACUGAGUACAUAUUAAGUUUAAAGGAUAGCGCACAAAUACAGUUGAUACUCAAUGACUUCCUAGAAACUGAAUACGAUUUGUUAUUGCAACUAUUUAAAUCCUCAUUUUAUGAUAAUUUUAACAACACUCGAAUUAAUAUGUAUUUGGAUGAAUCUUUGAGAUGUUUAUUUUUAGAUUUGUUAAAAAAUCCCACAUUAAACGAUUUAAGUUACUUAAAUGUUUUCAAUAAUAAAUUACCAGAAUCGUUGCUAUUACAUGUAAUGAAGAAGCAUAUUCAGGUUAUAAUGGAUUUACACGACAGUAAUAUUAAAUCAGCUUUCCAAAAUUAUAGCAUUUGGAUUAAUAAUAGUGUAGAUAAUUACAAAUUUACAAAGGAUUUAUAUGUGAAGCUUCUAAAAUUUUGUGAGCAAGCAGCAAUUAAUUAUUUGUUUAACGCAUCCAUUAAGGAACACUUUAAAGAAUGGAAAUUUUAUUUAAUUUUAAUGCAAACUAUUGUUAGCAGAUGCACAAAUGAAUGUUCUGUAUAUAUAAGAAAAUAUUUUAAAACGCGUUUAUUACAAAUCUCCAAUAAUCCAUGUAAAAAUGCGAUGCUGCAUUUGCUACUCACAGCACGUGCUGCUACUGCCACAACUGAAGAUAUAGACAAAAAUAUAGACUCCUAUGCUAAGUGGUAUAAGCAAAACAUUGGUGAAAUGAAGUAUGUCUUGGAUAAAGAGCAGUUUCUAAGUAUUUUAACUCUCAUGGAAGAAUGCAUAAGUUAUGAGACUGAACUCGAAUACAUUGAGAUAUAUACGCAAAUUUCAAUUGCUCCACCUGUGCUGUGUAGUAAGGCCGUUCAAAGUUACAAGGCAAAAUGCAAGAUACAUUUAACUCGAUUAAAAAAUAAUAUACGCCCAGUGGAAAUGUAUGACAGUAUUCUGAUUGAUGACAGUGAUUGACGGUAUAAUAAAUUUGUGAUAUUUACAUUAUUCAAAAUAUCUUAAAUAAUUUUAUUUAUGUGUUGUUUUAUCACACUUAAAUAUUUGCAAUGAAUAAACAAAGAUAAAUUAAAUGCAUGCAAAUAAAAAAUAUUGUAUCUGCCUAUAAUUUCAAAUUUC